AUGGAUAUACUUAAUCAUAGCACUGCUGAUCGAAAUAAUGAAAUCGACAACCUGAUCAUCGCUGCAGCGGCGGCCUCUGGCGAUGAACCAGUUGAGGGCGAGAUUCACAGAGACUCGUCGCAGCGAGACCUCGCCGUGCUUGCUCGAAUGGCAGUACGUGUGGCCGGCUUCGAGUUUCCAGGCUCGCGGUCGGGCUACCUGCCGUCGCAUUUGUCAUCAUCGGACGAAUUCGUCGAGGAGUCAGAAGAAAGCCAACAAUCACUCAGACCGUCAUUGGCUGCCCCUGCCAGUGCCUCAAUGUUGUUGCAAAAAUCUGGACUUCUGGCACCACGACGAGAUUCCCUGAAACCAAAGCUCACGUCCCAUGAGUGUGCGGUGAUUGCGAGAACUGCACAGGACAUGGCUCAUGAACUCCCCAACUUUCCUCUCAAGAGCCGUGAACAGUGCAGUCUUGUGGAAAACUUUGUCUACACCGACGCCAUCCGUCUAAUGAACAUCAGUCCGGAGCGAUUAGAUGAAGAAAUGGAUUUUAUUCGUGAGGUUAGCGUUAUUCAUGGACGCUAUCAAAGCGGUCCCCGGAUGCCUUCUCCUCGACUCUCCCCCUACGAACUGGGUAUGAAUGAGGCUGCUGCCUGCCUGGUUAGGCUACGCCCGACUCUCCUCACCCACACCCUCCAUCUGAUCGAAUGGUCCCGUCGCGUCCUUACAAUGAGUGGCUUACAACUGUCCCGCAUACCAGCCCCUGCUUCACCCUCAAACGCUUCUAGCACCCAUCAAGGUUCAGGGUCUCAACGAGGCACCAACAAGUUAUUCUCAAACCAAGGCCGUUCACAGGGUGAAAAUGUCUACAAUAAUAACUAUGGAGGCGGUGUCACCUACUCUACAGCCAACGUGGAAUAUAUAAGUGAAUACGGCGGGACCGCUGGAAGUGGAUUCAUUUCUUCUGCUGGCAACACUGGUGUUUAUCACGGUGGCCACAUUAUCGACGCAAAUAACGCCAGUGGAAUGCCUCAAAUUGUUGCUGAUCCUGCGUUUGCAAACGUCCUGGAUUAUGAAUGGUCCUCUGGCCUGGAUAGCAGCGAACUUAUCCAGCCACUUGGAGGUCCUCAGGCGAUCGCCCAACUCUCUGACUACAGUCUUGAAAAACUAGGUCGAGCCCAGUUCACUGUUGUUGACCCUCGAGCUGACAUGGAGUUCGCAAAUUGCCCUCUGGAUCUUGUUGUGGAGGAGGAGGACAUUCCCCUAGAUGCUAGUGAAAUCCUUCGUGUAACUGGAGCCGAGAGCUUGGAAAAAGUUACGACUUUAUCAGUACCCUGCUGUGGUUACACAAGUAUCAACGCAUUUGAUCUUGCAAGGUGCUUUAAUCUUCGAGAAGUGGACCUUUCGGAGAAUGCACUACGCGUAUUUCCCCGCCGCCUCCAUUUACCCAAUAUGAAGCGGCUUGAUUUGACGGGGAACCGUUUCAUUCAUUUACCACUCAUUGAACAAUUCCCGAAAUUGACCCGCUUAACUAUGGACGAGAAGAUGAAACAACUCCUUAACCCUCAAAUGCUUGCAUACUUUUGCCCGCGUCUGAAGUACAUAAAUGGUCAGGCCUUCGAGGAAGUCUGUUCAGAUUUUACAAUCCGCAUUUUCCAAGAGGCUCGUACCAUCAUGGAACCGCAUAUCCGAUCUAAGUGGGAAUCCGAGUUCUCUGACCGCUGCCACGCCGUGAAGUCGCGCGAAGAACGUAUGCGACUAAUUGAAACUAUGGUGCAGCAGUUGAGGGAAAAGAAUUUCAUGUUUGACGAGUCCCUUGGUCCGUACAGAAAUCUACUGGCGUAUCGGUUUAUAGAAGAGUACCUCCGGUCCAAACUUUACGGUCCUGAGGGCACUGAUACCGAUGCUGAAGCAGCGGAACGCCGACGUCCCCGAAAGCUAGUUGAACUAGUCUCCGAGGAGGGUUUUCCUCUGGGCGAGCGAGCACUCUUCGACGCCGCUGAUGAGCUCCUGGGUGUGCACUUCCCGGAUUUGGCCUUUGGGGGCGCGCAGUCCAAUGGCCAAGUACAGAUGACACUCCUCAUGGACAAUUUUGGACGUCUACACCAACAACAACUUGUGCCCGCCCCAGGUGGAGGAUACCAACUGCUUUCAACCCCCAACGGUGCCCAGGUGGCUUGCCCACUCUAUCAGCUACACCUGGGUCGGUCUCUGCGUCAGGGCCGGUCGAUUGUGAUGACUGUAGUCCGUCCUCGUGGAAUCAGUGGUCGACCGGUAGCUGAGUUCCUCCCUGGUGAAUUGCGCAACAAGGAUUACGUCAAGGGCUACAUGGCUUCUGAAAUCUACAAAAAGGCUGUUAAGGAUACUCUUGGCCAAAAAACAACUCCGCGCAAGCGUCCAGGCCCCGGUCGUCCGCGAAAAUCCGAUCCGCAGGCUCCUGCUGGCAAGGAACUUCCUACUUCGGCUGCAGCCUCCAUGGUUCCUCUGAGUGAGCUUAAUCCCAGCGAUUUGGGUAGUAUCAAGAAGCCACCGAAUAAUGCUAUUGCCACGACUGUUGCCCGGCCUCAAAAUGUCAAAAAGAGUGAUCGCAUCAUGUUGGAUUCCGGGGAUGGUAGCGGUGGUGCAGGUCUUCCUCCUCGACCCAAGAAACGAAAGCCUCCGGGCAUGCACAGGAGCCUUCGGGACCUGUGUGCCGAACCGCCAUACGGGUUUACCCCCAGUUACCUGACCUCGGGUCUCCGUACUGACGCAACCCUUAUCGACUACGAUCCCCUCCAUUUUAUCCGCUGUCACGCCAAAGACAACGAUGCUGGUGACAGUGAGACCAAG